AUGUCGUUCCCUCGCUUCCAUGCUCCUGCCGACUCUCGUCUGGAAGGAUCAUCUAUUCUGGGUCACGCCGCCCACUCCUCCACCCCAACGGGCGGACAUUCCAACUGUCUGGUGCAUCGAGCGCUCCCGCACUCUCACCCUUGUUACUUUUCGGACCUCAGUACUCACCUGACGCUCUCUGGGGUUUCCCAAAGCCCAACUUCACCCAACCGAAUUCGACACCGUCUCAACAUUACAUCCGCCUCUGCUUUUUCAGUCAACCAUCACGCAGAUUGGGAUGAUCAAUUAAUCGACAGGGCACUCCCCGUAUGGCGACGAUCUUUCCUUCCUGCCCACCCUCGCUCCCCGCAGCAGACCCUGCAUUUGAUAUUCGAUUCCACUUGCCGCUCGUGGCCUAAGCGAGGUUUUGAAACCGUAGGCGCUCGCCGCGUUCGUUGGCAGGGUGAAACCGCGUACAUACGACUAGUCUCCUUUUUCCGCGUCGUCACCGCCGCCACUUCGCUCUUCACGCGACGUUUGGCGAACGUGGGUGUGACCGACACUAUGUCUGGACACCAGUCUGUGUCUACGUACAGGUUGGGGGCGUGCGGCGCGAUCCAUUGGCAGCAGCCAAGUAUCCAAUCCUGUCGAAUACGUCGGACUUUCCCAAUCGAGCACAACUUCCAACUAAAUUUCCGCGUCUGGGACUGCAACCGGAGAAACUCUGGGGUCUGGGGUCUGGGCACCGCAUUCCGAGUCCCUUAUCUCUACAUGCUCUGCGAAGUUUUGGUGACUAGGUCUUCGAAGGCAUCCGUCGGUCGUUUGUUUGGUACUUGGGUUGGUGUAUCCAUCUUUGAGUGGUACCUCAAUAUCACCUAA